AUGGAACAAACUGAAAGUUCGGAUGUUUUUCCACUUGCUGUCCGUCCAAAUGAACGGUACGGACAUCCUCUAACAGGCGAUUGUCGUUUUAAAAAACAGUUUUGCCACAUCUCAUGUUCGAUGAAGACAUCAUGCGAAUAUCUACUGUGCCGACACACAGAGGAAACGUUCUUAAUUUGUAUCAAUUUUGGAUUUUUUUCAUAA